AUGCGCGCGCAGGCGGGCUCGGGGGAUCCCCACAGCACGGUAGAGUGGCGGCAGAGCAGGUUCAGCAGCUCCGGGGAGCAACCAGAUUCCCGAGCAAAGGCGCCGGAUCAGGAGAACUGCUUUGACCGUCUCUGCGAUGCGUUGCUUGGAAGUAUCUUUGAGAGAGCAUUAUGGAAGCCGUGUCUCCUGCAACAUCAGGCCCGGGACAGGGUCCGGCUGGAGGCCGUCUGCAAAAGGUUCCAGGAGGUGGUGCGCGUCACUGGGUGCCUUGAGUGGGACUUAGACAAUGGGCCUCAGACCGAGCAAAACUUUGUCCGUUACGCACUUGGAAGUAGGUGCAAGGGAUUGCUAAGGAAGGUGGUUUUGAAAGCUGAGCGUCCUUUGGCUCUGAUGGGGGUUCUUCAGGCUGUCCUGCCCCAUUUGGUAAACACUCUCCAGGAAUUCUACUUGGUUCUGGACUUCAGCGAGGAGGAUGCGCAGAGCAUUGACUGGGGGCGCAUUCUCGUCAUGCUUCAAGAAUGCAAGCACCUGGUGGCGUUGCACAUCUUCCUGUGGGAGAGCGGGUGGCAUAGACCAGCUGUUGUCCUGGAUUCGUCAAAGCUACCAAAGCCUUUUCUAAAGCUUCGGGAUCUGUCCCUGUUUGGGUUUGCUGCCCCCAGCACCGGAAUCCAAUCAUUCUUCCAGUCAUUCCCCUCCUUGGAGAAUGUAGAGCUCCACCAACUUGAAGGUCAUGAUUACGUUCAGAGCUCCUCCAGCUCUCUAAAGUCAGCAGUCUUGUGGGGUAGAAUGAUAUACGGUUUAGAUGGCCUGGUGGUGCCCAGGAGCCUGAGGGUAGUGGCGGGUCUUCUGGACAGCGAAAGCAGUGGAGUUCGUGAAAAGGCACUGGAGAUGCUGGCAGACUUGUCACACGACGGAAAGCCUGAGAAACCCGUUAAUGAGGCAAUUGCUAAUGCUCCAGGGUGCUUGCAAAAGCUAGUCAACCUCCUUGGUGUUCAGAGGGAGUAUGAGCAGAAAGAAGCUCUCAUGAUCCUUGACAAUUUGGCCGAGCACUGGCACAACCGCAUGGCAAUCGUCACUUGUCCGGGCAGCCUGCAGCAACUACUUAGCCUCUUCAAGAGUAACUGCGAAGACACACGGGGAACAGCGGCAUCUGCGCUGGGAAGCCUGGCACAACAUCCUGAAGCUUGUGUGGUUGCCAUUCAGCUGGUUCCCGCUAUAUUACAGGGACUCGUGGACCUUCUAGACGACGAGGACAGGGCGAUGCAAAGUAUCGCCCUACAAGCUUUAGUUCACUUUGCAAAUGACUAUGACAAUAGCGCAUUCAUCGUCGCCCUGUCUGGGGGCCUUGCCAAGUUGGUGAGUUUGUUACAGAGUGGGAGUGCCGAGCUAGCCACGGGCGCGGCAGACUGUUUGCAGCGCUUGGCCAAGUAUGACACAGCGGAGGCUGUCGCUAGGGCGCCGGGGUGCCUAGAGGGGUUAGUGAACCUGCUAGGGAGCUCAAGCACUCACACACGGGAAAAAGCGGCAUGGGCACUAACUACCCUAGCAGAGCUUGACGAAUCGGCGCAGAGGAUCCCGUUGGUGCCUGGGUUCUGGCACAAGCUUGUAGAAUGCUUGGAUCCAAGCAUUGGUGAUGAUGCAACUUGGAGUGAAUACCUACAAGAGGAUGCGGUGUCAUUGUUGGCAAACGUUGGCUCGGAGAUAGGGGUGAUGGAGGCCAUCGCCUCCAUUCCGGGUUCCUUGCACGUUAUCGUUAACGUGUUGGACAGCUGGAUGGUUCCAUCAGUAAGAAGUGCUGUUUGGAUACUCUUAGAGAUGGUGCGAGGUGACAUGCAGACACGGAAAGCUCUAGCUGAAUUGCCAGGAGUCUUGCAGAAACUGGAAGGCAUCGUAGAUUAUGAGGACUUCGAAGAUGUGCACGUUGAAGCAGCUGAGCUCCUAGAGAUGUUGCGAUGAUAAGAGCUGGCGGUAUUCCAGAUUCUCUCUGGCAAAGUGAUUUGUACGAAUUGGCAUGGACUGUGUUGCUUGUCAGAAGAUGAUAGAGUACGUCAAUAACUUAGCAACAUUUGGAGUUCUAUUGCUUCGACAGACCGAGUGUAGAUACGACGAAGAGCCAUAUGCAUUGACCUUCGUUGCAUGGCGUGUAUAG